AUGAUAGCAACUGGUGGAGUUAUAACAGGACUGGCAGCCUUAAAAAGGCAAGAUUCAGCCAGAUCCCAUCACCUCCUUUCCCGACCUACAUCUCCACCACCUGAGAAAAAGCCUGUAAGACGUCGUCCAAGAGCAGAUGUAGUGAUCGUCAGAGGGAAGAUUCGACUUUACUCUCCUUCUGGAUUCUUCUUAAUUUUGGGGGUCUUGAUUUCUGUGGCAGGAAUUGCAAUGGCAGUGCUUGGUUACUGGCCUCAAAAAGACACAUUUUUAACACCAGAGCUUGCUUUAGAAGUUAAUAAAACAGAAAUACUUCGAGAAACUGGGAUGAUGGUAAGAUUUUUUGAGCAGCAUCUGCAUUCUGAGAAAAUGAAAAUGUUGGGUCCUUUCACA